AGUCCUGGACUCGUCACCAAUCUAUAAGAAGAAAGUACGGUAAAUGAAAACAAAAGAAAAACAAUUCCCCAACGGAGAAGGGGCAGACUCGGAACCAGAACAGCCCAUAAAUUGAAAAUGAAAUGAAAAUUUAAAACCCUAAAGGCUUAAACCCUCCUCCGUCCCUUCUCAAAGCCAGGUCUAAACCCUCCCUCCUCUCUCAAGCUCUCCCUCUCCAGCUGCUGCAACUGCACAUUCUGUGCUUCGCUUUCUGUUUUUCAAUAAUAAUAAUAAUAAUAAUAAUAAGUAGCAGUACAUAGCAGUGGAUGGGUAAAUCAAAGAAAACAAAUAAAUGAUGAUCCACAUAAUCAGACGAGGAUCCGCUCGAUCCACCAUUUCUACGGUGUUUGAUGAGGUGGCCAAUGCCAUACAUGGGGCGAAUAUGCAGUGGCGUGCAAGGUCAUAUGCCGCGUCGGUUCCUUCUCACAUGCCAAAAAGUCACAAAGCUCAGAAGAGAGUUUCCAAAGAUGACCGGCGAGCUAUGGUGGAAUCUUAUGUAAACAAGUACAGGGAAACACAUGCUGGAAAAUUUCCAUCCAUUUCUGAUGCUCAAAAAGAAGCUGGUGGCAAUUACUAUUUUAUUAGGAAAAUUGUUCAAGAACUAGAAUACAAAUCUAAGCUUUCAUCCUUAAACAGUGGAAACAAGAAAAAGGAGCUACCUAUCAUGAGUGAGCCCUUGGUUAAAGUUAAAAACAUGUCAACUGGAGGUGCAAUCUCAGAUAUGAGAAAUCAAUGUGACCCACGUGCAGUUCCUCUAAAUGAUGUAGGUGACACAAGUUACAGAUAUCUAGAAGUGGAGGGAGGGCUGCAAACUUGUGAGAAGGUGGUCUCUCAAGAGUUUGGAAACCCCAUUUCUCCUAAGCACUUUCAGGAGCAUUCUGAUACAGUUGGAACUCAAGGUAAGCUUCUGGAAAGAAUUGAUAAGGAAGCAUUUCAUUGCCCUGAAAAAUCAGUGGAACAUGAAGUGAUGGAAACUCAAAAUGACCAUUCUGAUUUUGUUAUAACUAAUGGUAAUUCUCAUUUUCUUUUAGAUAAUUUUUUGCCCAUUUUCUGUUCAUUUUAUUAUUUUUUCUCACACCUUUUUCCUCCCAAUCUUUCUUGUCUAUUUGCCUUCUCAGUUUCUUUCACCAUGAAUUUGUUCGAGAAUUGUUUAGGGUAG